AGCGGGGCUGCGGGGAGCGGCGCUGCGGGGAGCGGUCGGCGUCCGAGGAGGUGAUGGGGAGCCCUGCCCCAGGGUCUUCCUCAGCCCUGGGACCCGCCCCUGGGGCCUGCUCCGCUUGUGCUGUGGGAUGUUCUCUCCGUACCACUUGGUUCGGGAGGGAGAGGGAUUCCUCCCCCCAGCCGUCGUGUGCAGAAAGUGUUUGUCAUGUUGGGCUCUGGGUUCAAGGCAGAGCGUUUGCGAGUCAACCUGCGCCUCGUCAUCAAUCGCCUCAAACUACUGGAGAAAAAAAAGACUGAGUUGGCCCAGAAGGCAAGGAAGGAGAUUGCAGAUUACUUGGCAGCUGGAAAAGAUGAGCGUGCCAGGAUUCGUGUGGAGCACAUCAUCCGUGAAGAUUACCUUGUGGAGGCCAUGGAGAUCUUGGAGCUGUACUGUGAUCUGCUGCUCGCCCGCUUUGGCUUGAUCCAGUCCAUGAAGGAGCUGGACUCUGGCUUGGCAGAGGCAGUAUCGACACUGAUUUGGGCUGCUCCACGUCUCCAGUCGGAAGUGGCUGAGUUGAAGAUUGUUGCUGAUCAAUUGUGUGCUAAGUACAGCAAGGAGUAUGGGAAGCUGUGCCGGACAAACCAGAUUGGAACAGUCAACGACAGGCUGAUGCACAAGUUGAGCGUGGAAGCACCACCCAAGAUCCUGGUGGAGAGAUACCUCAUUGAGAUUGCAAAAAACUACAAUGUGCCCUAUGAGCCUGAUUCAGUGGUGAUGGCUGAAGCUCCAGCAGGCGGAGAGGCAGAUCUAAUUGAUGUGGGGUUCACAGAUGAUGUGAAGAAGGGUGGCCAUGGAGGGGGCGGAGGUGGUGGAUUUACAGCCCCAAUGAUAGGUCAUGAUGGGUUAGUACCCAUGCCCAUGAUGAUGCCUAUGCCCGUGCCAACAACAAAUCCACCCUUCUCCUAUCCACCUUCAAAGGGACCGGAGAACUUCAGUGGCCUGCCAGUGGGGACCUACCAGCCUUUCACUAACAUCCAUCCACCACCAAUUCCGGCAAACCCACCCACAUACGAGUCCAUUGAUGAGCCUAACACUGACAAGGAUGCUGCUGCACUAGUGCCUGGGCCCGAGACCAAGCCAGAAGCUUCUCCUAAACCAAGUGCUGGAGCUCCUAAUACCUUUGAUAACUUUGUGCUGCCAGAAUUGCCAUCUGUGCCAGACACACUGCCAACAGCAUCUGCUGGCAUCAACUCUUCUGCCUCAGAAGACAUUGACUUCGAUGAUCUUUCACGGAGGUUUGAGGAGCUGAAGAAGAAAACGUAAAACUUCCUGGGCUGCAGGAAGGAGGGGAAGGAGCUGACAUCUUCUCUCUGGAACAGACUCCCUUUGAAAUUGGCUUCCUGUAUUAAUCUACAAUGAAUAUACUCUUCUUUUUAAGCCCUC